AUGGAUGGCCUUCCAACCGCAAGGGGUCUCCAGCUUUUGGCGCACUGCCUCACGAUCACAUCGACGCAAACGACCGCGUAUAUCGACGACUAUCUGCAUGAGCAUGCUCAAGAUGGGGAAGUCGCGACUCGAUUUCCCUCAGACCUCCAGUUGCUCAGGUUCGAGAAAGUAUUGUUAAAGAUGGACCCUUGCUGGACAAAGGAAGACCGCCGCAGUGUCGACCGAUAUCGCUGUGUGGUCGGGCAUUUGGUCAACCCCGGCUCAGAGCAGAAACCUUGUCUAGACAGACCACGAGCCUGCAGUUGA